GUGGGACUGGCUGGCCACCACUGCCCCUUGGCAGCCUGUGCACCCCAGUGGUAGCAGAAACCUUCCUCCUGCCUUGCACGGCCCAGCUGUGACCAUACCAUGAACUAGGGAUGCACAGAACCUCCCCAGCUGCCAAAGUAAUACUUGGGCUCCUGCUCUGCACCUCCCCUUGGGGAAUGCUGUCAUGGACAGAGGAGGAAACCUGCUCACUGCAGGCUAAACUCCAGUCCCUCUCAGCCAGCGCUCCGGGCUUUUCUGUCCCCUGUAACCCAGCCAUGCCAAUUUUGCCACAUGCACACCAGAGCUAAGCAGCAAAGGCACAGCACACUUUCUGAGUGGAUAAAUGCAUUAAACAGCCAAGUGUCUCUCCUGUUACUGACACCAUCAUGACCCUCUGUGUGCCAUGGGAAUGCUCAGAGGUUUGAGUUCGGCCUUGUAGCACUGGCUGACGUACAGGUACAGAUACACUGCAUGGCAAGACAGCCUCUCCCAAGGUGUGUCCCACCACAGCGGGUCCUGGUGCUCACCAUGGCACGGCUCAGAGCCACCCUGCUCACCUGCACACAUCUCCAGAAGGUGGCUGGGUGGGCUGGGGACCCAGAGGGGGUAAAGGAUGGGGGUCCUGUCCAUCAGAUGCCUGGGCUGGUCAUGCCAGUCCCCUCCCCAUCCCCUAAGUUUGUUUUCCAUGCCACAGCUUGCUGAAAUCUGAAGCACAGCCACAUCUCUGCCCUGCCCAGGAAGACCUGGGGCAAUGUUGGUAUCAUUAAGCGCUUAAAGGGCGGGGCGGGCCAGGAGGUGUGGCAAGGAGGUGAGAGAAACCUGUAGAUCAUGUUUGGAAGAAGCACAUCUUGUGACACCCUGGCCAUCCACAGGAAGUACAGGGACAGUCACCCUCAAAAGGAGCAGCACUGGGCAGCCUCCCUUGAGGGACGCGCCUGGCUCUGCAACUCCCGGCCAUAGCUUCUCCAGCAUCCCCGCCCCAGCACACCGUGGGACAUGGCUGCUCGCAGAGUAGCCAUCAUCGGCGCCGGUGCCUCCGGCCUCUGCGCCCUGAAAUGCUGCCUGGAUGAGGGGCUGGAGCCCACCUGCUUUGAGAGGAGCAAGGACAUCGGGGGGCUCUGGCGCUUCGAGGAGCACCCCGAGGACGGCCGUGCCAGCAUCUACCGCUCCGUCAUCAUCAACACCUCCAAGGAAAUGAUGUGCUUCAGCGACUUCCCCAUCCCUGAGGACUUCCCCAACUACAUGCACAACUCCAAGAUCAUGGAGUACUUCCGCAUGUACGCCCAGCACUUCGACCUGCUCCGCCACAUCCACUUCAGGACCAGCGUGUGCCGCGUGUCCAAGCGCCCCGACUUCGCCAGCAGCGGGCAGUGGGAGGUGGUGACGGAGAGCGAGGGGCAGCAGGAGGCGGCCGUCUUCGACGCCGUGCUGGUGUGCAGUGGGCACCACACCGACGCUCAUCUCCCGCUCAGUUCCUUCCCAGGGCUGGAAAAGUUUGAGGGCUGGUACCUGCACAGCCGCGACUACAAGAACCCUCAGCCCUUUUUGGGAAAACGGGUGAUUGUGGUUGGCGUUGGGAAUUCAGGCAUCGAUAUCGCAGUGGAGCUGAGCCACACAGCCAAGCAGGUUUUCCUCAGCACCAGGCGUGGGUCCUGGGUGCUGCACCGGGUGGGAGACAGCGGGUACCCCUUUGAUUUCAGCUACAUCAACCGCUUCACGCAGCUCCUCCAGAACCUGCUGCCAAGUAUCAUCAGUUUCUUCCUGGAGCGGAAGCUGAAUGCCCGCUUUGACCACACGCUCUAUGGCCUAAAGCCCAAGCACAGGAUCUUUCACCAGCACCCAACCGUCAACGACGACCUGCCCAACCGCAUCAUUUCGGGCAGGGUGCAGGUGAAGCCGAACAUCCAGGAGUUCACAGAG